AUGGAUAGGAAUAUUCUUGAUGCUGCUAGCGGUGGAGCACUCGUUGAUAAAACUCCAGUCGCCACCAAAGCUUUGAUCGAAAAUAUGUCCCUUAACUCCCAACAAUUUACAACCAGAAACAAUUCUGUACAAGCAAAGGGUGUGAACGAAAUUCAGGUUUCCUCCAACAAAGCUUUAGAAACCAGAAUUGAUAAGCUCACCUCUUUAGUGAAACAGUUGGCAGUAGGUAAGACUCAAGCGGCAAACCUGUGUGGUAUUUGUACUUCUCCUGAGCAUCCAACCGAUACUUGUCCUAUUUUGCAUGAUGAAUCGAUCACUGAGUUGCCUCAAGCUUAUGCAGCAAACCUUUACAAUCAAGGCAACAAUCAGAAUAGGUACAAUAACAUUCCUGACCUGUCCAUCAAUAAAUACCACCCCAAUUGGAGGAAUCAUCCCAACCUUCGAUAUGGAAACCAACAGCCAACCCAACCAGCAGCUACCCCCCAGGCCACCAUUUCUACACCCUCUGGACCUUCAUUAGAGGACCUGUUCAAACAACUAGUUGUUAAUAAUCUUCAGUUUCAACAAAGAAUAGAAUCUAGUAUUCAAACCUUGCAGACACAGAUUGGACAGCUUGCCACCUCAAUGAAUAUCACGCAAUCCCAAGGAUCAAACCAACUUCCUGCCCAAGCAGUUGUGAAUCCAAAAGGUCCUAAUGCCAAUGUCAGUGCAAUUUCUUUGAGGUCCGGAAAGGUCACAGAACCAGCCCCUGAAAAAAAUAAAAAAAUUCUUGAGGUAACAUCUGAACUUUCUUCACCUUCUUCACCUUCUUCUGUUGUGGUAGAAACUGAAAAGAAUAAAGAAAAAGAAUAUGUACCACCAGUCCCCUUUCCACAUAGAGUUCCUAAGUAUGCAAAGUUUUUGAAAGAUUUGUGUACAAACAAGAGGCGGAUGAAAGGUGGUGAGAGAGUCAACUUGGGAAGAAAUAUUUCUACUUUUAUUCAGCCCAAGCCCCAUUCUGAAAAACAUACAGGUUUAAUCGUUCAGUUGGCAAACAGGAGCAAUGCCCGCCUUGCUGGUAUAUUGGAAGAUGUUCUUGUUCAAGUUAACGAUUUGAUUUUUCCUGCAGAUUUUUACAUCCUGAACAUGGAAGGAGAAACUAAGAUUUUACUUGAGGACGGUGCUAAAACGGUAAGGCAGCCCCAAAGGAGGCUUAAUCCUUUGAUUCUUGAUGUGGUAAAGAAAGAGGUAACUAAACUCUUGCAAGCAGGUAUCAUUUAUCCUAUCUCUUACGGUAAAUGGGUAAGCCCAAUGCAAGUUGUACCUAAGAAAUCUGGACUCACAGCGGUGAAAAAUGAAAAGAAUGAACUUGUUCCCACUAGAAUUCAGAAUAGUUGGAGAGUUUGUAUUGAUUACAGGAGGUUGAACCAAGCUACUAGAAAUGAUCACUUUCCUUUGUCGUUCAUUGACCAAAUGCUUGAACAGCUAGCUGGUGAACCACAUUAUUGUUUUCUUGAUGAUUUUUCAGGUUACUUUCAGAUUCAUAUUGCACCUGAAGAUCAAGAAAAGACCACUUUCACGUGCCCAUUCGGUACAUUUGCUUACAGGAGGAUGCCUUUUGGUCUUUGCAAUGCUCCUGGCACUUUCCAGCGAUGCAUGAUUAGUAUUUUCUCUGAGUUUAUUGAAAAUUGCAUGGAAGUGUUUAUGGAUGACUUUACUGUUUAUGGUUCGUCUUUUGAUGCAUGCUUGAAAAGUUUGAAUAUGGUUUUAAAGAGAUGCAUCAAGACUGACCUUGUUUUAAAUUAUGAAAAAUGUCAUUUUAUGGUUGAGCAGGGAAUUGUUCUUGGUCAUAUAGUUUCUGAAAAAGGAAUUUUUGUUGACCCUGCUAAGAUUGACGUAAUUUCUACACUGCCUUACCCUUCUUGUGUUCGCGAGAUUCGUUCUUUUCUUGGUCAUGCAGCGUUUGACUUCUUGAAGAAAGCAUUAACCUCCGCUCCCAUCAUCCAGCCUCCCGACUGGACCCUCCCUUUUGAUAUUAUGUGUGAUGCUUCUAAUUAUGCUGUUGGGGUUGUCCUUGCACAAAGAGUUGACAAGGCUGCCCAUGUUAUUUAUUAUGCUUCUAGGACUUUAGAUUCUGCACAGUCAAAUUACACCACCACUGAAAAAGAACUUCUAGCUAUUAUUUUUACUCUUGAUAAAUUCAGAUCAUACUUGCUAGGUUCCAAGGUUGUUGUUUUUACUGACCAUGCAGCUUUAAAGUACUUGUUGAAGAAGCCGGAAGCAAAACCGAGAUUGAUUCGGUGGUUGUUAUUGCUCCAAGAGUUUAAUGUAGAGAUUAAAGACAAAAGUGGAACUGAGAACUUAGUGGCUGAUCACUUGAGCAGAAUAGAGAGAGAGAUGAAGAUCUUUUUCCCAUCCAGGAUGACUUUCCUGAUGAGCAACUUUUACAUGUGCACGGUAUUACUCCUUGGUGCAUCCAGGACACAAAUCCACAAACUCAAGAGUGAUGCCAAAUAUUAUGUUUUGGAUAAUCUGUAUCUUUGGAAGUUUGGUAGUGAUCAGGUAAUCAAGAGAUGUGUCCCCGAUUAUGAUAUGGCAUCCAUUUUGAAUUUUUCUCAUGCAUCUCAAGUCGGCGGACAUUUUGGUCCUCAAUGGACUGCAAGAAAAGUCCUAGACUCGGGUUUUUAUUGGCCCACUAUUUUUAAAGAUGCCUAUGAGGUUUACCGCACUUGUAAAGAGUGCCAGAUAGUAGGUACAUAUGUCACUCGUAAGAGUGAAAUGCCUCAGCAUCCUAUGCUUUUCUGUGAGUGGGUGGAAGUUAUCCCUACUAAGACUAAUGAUUCUAGAGUUGUUGCAGAUUUUGUCAGGAACAUGACUGACAUACACAUAGGUUUUGGGAGGCCCAAAAAUCAGAAUGUGGAGUCAGAACCUACGAUUGAGGAUAAUGCGGCUCAGUGGCCGCCUCAGUUCAUGAAGUUCUUGAAGCAUGUGAUGCAACAAACCAAUGGUGGUUCCCAACCACAAGUUGCUCCGCAAGUUGCUGCUGUGAUUGAUGUGGUAUUGGGUAUGGGUUUGAUCUCCGCCAAUUUUAUGUAUGUUGGCUGCAAGGAAAAAGUAAUUUUUGUUCCAACCGAUGGAGCCACUCCCGAUAAUAUGAUAACCAUUAUUUUAGGGUGUACAGUUAGCAUGAUUAAUCUUUUGUUUAAGCAUGAAAAGUUCACUCUAUUGAUUCUCACCAAGGAAUCAAGCGAGGGUGUAAAUGUUGUGCAAGUUCCUAUAGUCUAUGAAUUUCUAGAUGUUUUUCCCGAGGACGUCACUUCUCUUCCUCCAGAGAGAUAA